AAGAGGUUUCGGCUGUCGCUGGGAGUGUAAAGGCCCCUUGGGGUAACUGGCUUUUGCGCUCACAGGCGGCGUUUCAUGAAGUCGCGGUCGCGGACGGAGAGGGCAGGCAAUCAGGCGGAGGGGAGGCGGGCUGGUAGAAGGCAGGGGCAGAGAGGGGGCGCUGGGCCCCGGGUGGGGGCAGCGCUAUCGUCACGUGGCCGUCGCCGCGGGCUCGAGGCUGUUCUUCCGGGUUGGAGGCGCAGAGCCGCGGGGCGCGAUCCCGCGUCUGCCAGCGCGGCGUCCCCUUGAGGCCCGCGGUGCGCAGCCUUUGGCCGCCCGGCCUCUCUGCCCAGGAAACUGGGGAUUCAGAAAGUUGGAAGCUCGUAUCAACAUGGCAAACCUACUGAAAACAGUGGUGACUGGCUGUUCAUGUCCUUUGCUUAGCAAUUUGGGGUCCUGUAAGGUUCUACGUGGCAAGAAGGAUCUUUUACGGACAUUUCAUACUCAUCAGGUGCUGUGGUGUAAAGCCCCUGUAAAACAAGGAACCCCAUAUAAGCAACUGACUGUUGGAGUACCCAAGGAGAUUUUCCAAAAUGAGAAGCGAGUGGCGUUGUCUCCUGCCGGCGUUCAGGCCUUGGUCAAGCAGGGUUUUAAUGUUGUUGUGGAGUCAGGUGCAGGCGAAGCUUCCAAAUUCUCAGACGACCACUAUAGAGCAGCAGGUGCCCAAAUCCAAGGGACGAAGGAAGUGCUGGCUUCUGAUUUGGUGGUCAAAGUGCGAGCCCCAAUGGUUAAUCCGACACUAGGUGUUCAUGAAGCUGACCUUUUAAAGACAUCGGGAACACUGAUUAGUUUUAUUUACCCAGCCCAAAAUCCAGACUUGCUAAACAAACUUUCCAAAAGAAAAACUACAGUUCUGGCAAUGGACCAGGUUCCAAGAGUCACGAUUGCUCAGGGAUAUGAUGCAUUAAGCUCCAUGGCCAACAUUGCUGGUUAUAAGGCUGUUGUCCUAGCAGCAAAUCAUUUUGGACGUUUUUUUACUGGUCAGAUCACAGCUGCUGGAAAAGUUCCUCCAGCUAAGAUUCUGAUAGUUGGUGGUGGUGUUGCUGGGCUUGCUUCUGCAGGUGCUGCAAAGUCUAUGGGUGCAAUUGUUCGCGGCUUUGAUACCAGAGCUGCAGCUUUGGAACAGUUCAAGUCUCUUGGUGCUGAGCCCUUAGAAGUGGACUUGAAGGAGUCUGGUGAGGGACAAGGAGGAUAUGCGAAAGAGAUGUCCAAAGAGUUCAUUGAAGCUGAAAUGAAACUGUUUGCUCAACAAUGCAAGGAGGUAGACAUCCUUAUCAGCACAGCACUCAUUCCAGGUAAAAAAGCUCCAGUUUUAUUUAGUAAAGAAAUGAUUGAGUCAAUGAAAGAAGGUUCAGUGGUUGUGGAUCUAGCUGCUGAGGCGGGCGGAAACUUUGAAACCACUAAGCCAGGAGAACUUUAUGUUCAUAAGGGGGUUACGCACAUAGGCUAUACUGACCUUCCCAGCCGAAUGGCCACUCAGGCCAGCUCCCUGUAUUCCAACAACAUCACCAAACUCCUGAAGGCCAUCAGCCCAGACAAAGAUAAUUUUUAUUUUGAAGUGAAAGAUGACUUUGACUUUGGGACGAUGGGUCAUGUCAUCAGGGGAACUGUAGUGAUGAAGGAUGGUGAAGUAAUUUUCCCAGCUCCUACACCGAAAAAUAUUCCUCAGGGUGUCCCAGUAAAGCAGAAAACAGUGGCUGAGUUGGAAGCUGAAAAAGCAGCUACCGUCACACCCUUCAGAAAGACAAUGACAACAGCUUCUGUAUAUACAGCAGGUCUCACAGGGAUACUGGGUUUGGGCCUUGCGGCUCCCAAUCUAGCCUUUUCUCAGAUGGUGACCACUUUUGGCUUGGCUGGCAUUGUGGGCUACCACACCGUCUGGGGUGUGACUCCCGCUCUCCACUCACCACUGAUGUCUGUGACUAAUGCAAUCUCAGGGUUGACUGCGGUUGGUGGGUUGGCGCUGAUGGGAGGACAUCUAUAUCCUUCCACGACUUCUCAGGGCCUUGCCGCUCUUGCUACGUUCAUAUCUUCUGUCAACAUUGCAGGUGGCUUUCUGGUGACUCAGAGAAUGCUGGACAUGUUCAAGCGACCCACUGAUCCCCCAGAAUACAAUUACCUGUAUCUGCUCCCUGCCGGCACCUUUGUUGGUGGAUAUUUAGCUGCCCUUUCUAGUGGUUAUAACAUUGAACAAAUCAUGUACCUAGGCUCGGGCUUGUGCUGUGUUGGUGCCCUGGCUGGCCUUUCUACCCAGGGAACAGCUCGUCUUGGCAAUGCUUUGGGCAUGAUUGGGGUUUCUGGAGGCCUGGCAGCCACCCUUGGAAGCCUACAACCAAGCCCGGAACUGUUAACUCAGAUGUCUGGAGCAAUGGCUUUGGGGGGUACCAUUGGAUUGGUGAUUGCCAAGCGCAUCCAGAUUUCUGAUUUACCUCAAUUAGUUGCUGCUUUCCACAGUUUAGUAGGUUUGGCAGCUGUACUCACAUGCGUCGCCGAGUACAUUGUAGAAUAUCCACAUUUUGCUACGGAUGCAGCAGCAAAUCUCACCAAGAUCGUGGCCUACCUCGGCACUUACAUAGGUGGUGUCACCUUCAGUGGAUCUCUUAUUGCCUAUGGAAAAUUGCAGGGUAUACUGAAGUCUGCCCCUCUCCUACUUCCUGGAAGACACUUACUCAACGCAGGCUUGCUGGCUGCUAGUGUAGGUGGGAUGAUCCCAUUCAUGUUGGACCCAAGCUUUACCACUGGCAUUACCUGUCUGGGGUCUGUGUCAGCUCUCUCUGCUGUCAUGGGAGUGACUUUGACGGCUGCUAUUGGGGGUGCUGACAUGCCUGUCGUCAUCACGGUGCUGAACAGCUACUCUGGCUGGGCUCUGUGUGCUGAGGGCUUCUUGCUGAACAACAACCUGCUCACCAUUGUGGGUGCGCUCAUCGGCUCUUCCGGUGCUAUCCUGUCAUACAUCAUGUGUGUGGCAAUGAAUCGGUCCCUGGCUAAUGUGAUUCUUGGAGGCUAUGGUACCACUUCAACAGCUGGUGGAAAACCCAUGGAAAUUUCUGGCACACAUACAGAAAUCAACCUUGACAAUGCAAUUGACAUGAUCCGAGAAGCUAAUAGCAUUAUUAUUACUCCAGGCUAUGGUCUCUGUGCAGCCAAAGCUCAGUACCCCAUUGCCGACUUGGUAAAGAUGCUCACUGAACAAGGGAAAAAGGUCAGGUUUGGAAUUCACCCAGUUGCAGGCCGAAUGCCUGGUCAGCUUAAUGUGCUGCUGGCUGAAGCUGGAGUGCCAUAUGAUAUUGUGCUAGAAAUGGAUGAGAUCAACCAGGAUUUCCCAGACACUGAUUUGGUCCUUGUGAUUGGAGCUAAUGACACUGUUAAUUCUGCUGCUCAAGAAGAUCCCAACUCCAUUAUUGCAGGCAUGCCAGUGCUUGAGGUCUGGAAAUCAAAACAGGUCAUCGUUAUGAAGAGGUCUUUGGGUGUUGGCUAUGCUGCAGUGGACAAUCCAAUCUUCUACAAACCUAACACAGCCAUGCUUCUGGGUGAUGCCAAGAAGACCUGUGAUGCACUGCAGGCAAAAGUUAGAGAAUCCUACCAGAAGUAAAUAUUAAAGAUCAAGCCAUUGUCUGAGACAGCCACUCUUCUUUCUUGGGAACAGGCAAAUAACAUUUCAGUAUACGUGGCUGCUACACAUCUACAGCAAAGCUCUUGGAAGACAAGGAAGACUGAAAAUAGCAAAGCAAAUAAAGGGAGAUUUUUCAAGAGCAAUGAUCCAUCAAUUUUAAAAAAGGAUUGAAAAUUUCUCAAUGUCUGUGUAUAUAUUUUUUUGUGCUAUGAAUCAAAAGUAUUUUUUAAAAGGAGAAAGAGCAGCCUCAGUUUUAGAUGUAAUCUUGUAGGCUUUUUUUUUUUUUUUUAUUCCUCCUCAAUAACCAAAAAUGUUUUUAAAAAUUUAAUGUUUAGGAAUUCAGGACUAACAUUACCCAUUAAAAAUCAGGCACAAUGUAAACAUUGCAGACACCUGUACUUGUGUUUUGUCAACAAAGUGAUUAGUUUGAAACUUGUAUCAACUUCUGAGCUAUCCCCUCCCUUGCAAUUUAACAGUAAUCUAAAUUGAUCAUGUCAAAUUGGUUUUAAUUUUUCAAACUGUUCUUGAGAAAUUAGAUUUCAGGGAUCUAUUUUCUCAUUGCUGUUUUAAUAUAUCAAAGGACUAGGUAAUCUUUCUGAGAUGCUGGAAAGAAAUAAUUUGCUUUAUAUGUUUCAUUAGAACACCAGCAAAGCAUAUAAUUUGAAAUUAGCAUUGUAUUUUUUGAAAAUUCCAUUUCCAAUCAGAGUUCUUCUUAGUUUCAAUCAUUUACAAUAUGUAGUACUGUAUUAAGAGCACUUGAGUGGAAUUCAACUAUUUGACUAAUAAAAUGACUUUAUCAUGUUUGCAAGUGA